AUUUUUAUUUUAUCAUAAUGUUAUCGCUUUACCAUUGAAAGCCCACUACUUUGGAGUUGCUUCAAAAUAUUUGUGCAGAUUUUAUCUGCACCCAUCAUCGAUUCUUCGCUUUCCAUCAAAAUCCCUCUUCCCAAUCCGUUCAUCUUGAGUUGUUCUGACUGCGCCCGCUCCAGCCUCGCCCGCUAACUGCAGUUCGUUUUUGGUAAGAGGGGGAGAAAGAACGAUGCUGCAGUGCAUAUUUCUUCUAUCGGAUUCCGGCGAGGUAAUGCUAGAGAAACAGCUGACUGGACAUAGGGUUGAUAGAUCCAUAUGUGCUUGGUUUUGGGAACAUGCUGUUUCUCAAGGUGAUUCGGAUUCUUCCAAGCUGCCACCGGUUAUUGCUUCGCCUACACAUUAUCUUUUCCAAAUUGUUCGUGAGGGGAUCACAUUCUUAGCAUGCACUCAAGUUGAAAUGCCACCCCUGAUGGGAAUUGAGUUCCUUUGCAGAGUAGCUGAUGUCCUCUCAGAUUAUCUUGGAGGGUUGAAUGAAGAUUUGAUCAAGGAUAACUUUGUUAUUGUAUAUGAGCUUCUUGAUGAGAUGAUAGACAAUGGCUUCCCUCUGACAACUGAACCUAAUAUCCUGAGAGAGAUGAUAGCUCCGCCAAAUAUUGUUAGCAAAGUGUUGAGUGUUGUGACUGGGAGCACUUCCAAUGUCAGCAACACACUUCCAGGUGCAACUGCAUCUUCUGUACCAUGGAGAACAACAGACCCAAAGCAUCCAAACAAUGAAGUUUAUGUUGAUCUUGUGGAAGAAAUGGAUGCAAUUUUAAACAGGGAUGGGAUCCUGGUGAAAUGCGAGAUAUAUGGUGAAGUUCAAGUAAAAUCCCAUCUUUCGGGCCUUCCUGAUCUGACCCUUUCAUUUUCAAACCCUUCCAUUUUAAAUGAUGUGAGAUUUCAUCCUUGUGUUCGCUUCCGACCAUGGGAAUCACAUCAAAUUCUGUCAUUUGUGCCACCUGAUGGACAGUUUAAACUUAUGAGCUACAGGGUUAAAAAGUUGAAAAGUUCUCCGAUAUAUGUAAAACCACAAUUAAUUUCAGAUGCAGGGACAUGUCGCAUUAGCAUAUUGGUUGGAAUGCGAAACGAUCCCGGCAAGGCAAUUGACUCAGUAACUCUGCAAUUCCAAUUGCCUCGCUGCGUUUUAUCAGCUGAAUUGACUUCAAAUCAUGGAACAGUAAACGUCCUAGCCAAUAAGACAUGCUUGUGGUCCAUUGGACGGAUACCGAAAGAUAAAGCCCCUUCAAUGUCUGGAACCUUGUUUCUUGAGACAGGUUUGGAGAGGCUUCGUGCUUUCCCCACGUUUGGAGUGGGUUUCAGGAUCAUGGGUGUUGCCCUCUCUGGCCUACAAAUAGACAAACUAGAUGUAAAGAACUUACCGAACCCUCCUUACAAAGGCUUCCGAGCCCUCACAAGAGCCGGAGAGUAUGAAGUUAGGUCAUAGUAAUGUCUUCGUUUUUCUUAUUUAUUUUAUUUUGCAGGUGGAAUUGAUUUUUUUUUUUUUUGACCACAAAUUUUGAUAUUGAAACGAGGUUUGAGUUGCAAUGCUGCACUUUUUUGUUGUCCCAUAUCAUGAUGUGAUAAUGCUAAUGGAAAUUUCUUGCA